AUGUCCAGUUGGCUGUGGGUUCUUCUUGAAGGUCAGGAUGACCCUGUUAAGGUAGAUGCUUCAGCCAUAGAAGAUCUAUUCGGCCUUAUCCCUCGCAUCAAAGAGGCAUUUCCAGAAAAGCACUCGUCCAUUCCACCAGGCAAGAUACAAUUUUUGUCCAGUGACAACCGCACGCAACCGCUUCGAAAAGAUACUCUCAUUACAUCUAUCCGCACUACAGCUAUGUCACCCCUUGUCGUUCGUUAUCCAUUCUCUGACUGCACGAUCGUGAUCCGCUGCAAUCUGUCGAACAGCUGGUUCAGGCAGGACUGGCCGCACUCCAGUGGACUUUGGCAUCUCUUGCGUGCUGCUGCUCUAGCUCGAUUUUCUCCACUGGAUGGGUCCGAUUUUUUUUUCGUGGUCAAGGAUCCGGUUGAAAAAGAAAUAACCAACGAGUUUCAGUUCAACAGCGUCAUUCAGGAUGCCUCAACUGAUGACAAUAAUAAGCGCCAGAUCAGCAUAUCCAUACGGGUUAAGGGUAAGAAGGCAUAUGGGGAAUGGGACCUGCGUGAUGUCCUCCAGAACAUCUUGCACAAAAGCAGUUGGUCAUCACUCAACAGCGCCCCUCGCCUGAACUUGGACGAACUACUCGGACAAAUAAAAGUCAGCGACGAUACUUUUAAGCUGCUCAUAGACGAGCUUCAAAAAAAUGCAGAUGUAUUCGGCGAAGUGACGAGGAACGAAAUGACGUGCAGAGAGUUUAUCUCCCCGUUUUUAACCACAGCAGUAAAGCAUUUACAAAUAGAGGAACCGCUUCUUGCACUUAGAGCUGAAUAUGAGCUUAAUGGGAGCCGUGGCUUUGGUCCUGUAGACUAUACAGUCGUUUUAGACGACAUCGUUAUAUGUGUAACAGAGGUAAAAAAAAUGGAUUUCGACAAAGGGGCAGCUCAAAACAUAGUGCAAAUGCACAGUGCCGUAGAGAGCUUAAGCAAGCGCAAGCGAGAAGACACAGAUUUGGAAGAUUCUGAGGAAGUUCCAGUUAUGGUGUAUGGGAUUGUGUCAAAUGCCCGAAACUGGUUAUUCCUGCAAUGGGCAGGCACAGAAAACGAUCCAGUUCUAUAUGUAUCUAAUAUGCAAUCGUGCAACUUCAGUGAUGCUGAAAUAAUGAAGGUGGAAACAAAGAAAAUCGCGACAUACAUUAUCGCAAUCCUGCAAGAGCAGACUCAUGGAUUAAACACAAAACGUCGUCGCGUUCCGAAGAAACCCAGAUUGUCACUUUAA